AUGAAAAAGGAUAUUUUAACUAAACAAACUGAAGAUGAUAAAAGAAAUGGUGUGUCGAACGUUUGCGAGGAAUAUAAUAAAAAUAUAGAAAUGCAAACGAAGAAGGAUAAGAUAAUAGAACAAAUUGAAAUUAAUGAAAAGAAUAAGGACCUGCUGCAUAAUCACUGUAGUGAUAAUCAUUGUAGUGAUAAUCAUUGUAGUGAUAAUCAUUGUAGUGGUAAUCAUUAUAUGGACAAAGAAAAAAAAAAAUAUAAUUGUUCGAGUGAAGAAAUAAAUAACUUUCUUUUUAUAAUAAAUAAUGCCAUAUGGAGGAGAAAGGACAAGAGGAAAGUUAAUAAAAAGGAAGAAGAGACAAAUGAAGAUAUUAAUACAUACUCAAAAAGAUGUAAAGAAAAUGAUUUUUAUUUUUAUUUUUAUUUUUAUAUUUAUUCCAUAUUGAAAGGUAAAAAUAAAAGCGAAAAAAAGAAAAAAAAAAAAAAUUUUUUUUUUGGAAUAUUAAAAGUGGCAAUUAUUUUAUUUUCAUUAAUAGUAUAUUUUAUAAAAAGAAAUUAUUGGUCAUCAAAUAUGUAUGGAUAUAAUAAGCUUAUUAAUUUGAGUAGUGUUAUAGGAAGUUAUUUUUAUCCAUAUAAUUAUGAUGAUGAAGAAGAAAAUAAAUCAUUAUCAUUAUCAUUAUAUGAGAAGGAUAAUUUUAUUUAUAUUCCUAAUAAGAAGAGUACAAACACUAUACAUUUAAAAAAUGUUGUGGGCACUGAAAGGACAGAUAAUAAUUUUUUAAGUAUUUAUAGAGAGAAUAUGAAAUAUAUAAGACAAACAAGUUUAAAUCAUUCCAUAUAUCAAAGAUCUUUAUCCACCGAAUGUUAUGUUUAUUUCAGAAGUUUUUUAAAGCAGGCUAUAUCACCUCAUAGUUUGACUAAAGCUAUAAAGAUUGAUAAAGAAUAUAUAUAUCCUUGGGAUGUAAUAACACAAGAUGAUGUUGCUUUAAUUAUUGAGAAUGCUCGUUUUUAUGGUUUCUUAUUUACCUGGUUUAAGAAUCAUAGGAAGGCACAAAAAGUAAAUGAAGAUAUAUUAAAAAAAGAGAUGCCUGUAUUAGAACCGCGUUUUGUUCAACGAUCAGAUAUAUAUACUCAUUUUUAUAAAAAUAAUAAUAAUAAUGAAGAUAUAAUGACACCUAAUUUUUAUGGUAUACAUUAUACAUGGUUAGGUCAUGCAACUGGUUUAGUUGUAAUUGAUGGAUUGAAAAUAUUAUUAGAUCCUGUUUUUAAAAUAGAAUUAAUAAGUUUUAAAGGUAUAGUAAGAUCUUUAAUUAAUUGGAUGAAUGUAAAAAUUAUGGGUGGAUUAGGUGAGAGAAUAUCUAGAUCACCAUGUAAUAUUGCAAACCUUCCUGACGAUUUGCAUGCAGUGUUUGUUUCACAUAAUCAUAAUGAUCAUAUAAUGGAAGAAGAUGUACGUAUACUAUGUAAAUUAAAAAAGUUUCAACAUGUUAUGUGGUAUAUACCUGAAGGUUCUUCUCCAUUUUUUUUAAGAGAAGGAUGUAAAGCUUCUAAGAUAUUUGAAUUAUCAUGGGGUGAUGAAAGAUGGGUUUCUUGUUGGAUAUCAAAGAAUCAAUUUAAAUGUCGAGAUGGAAUAUGGAAGAGUAAAAAUAAUGAACAUCAAGUAUAUAAAUAUAAAAUAAUAUAUGCUCCAACAUUACAUUGGUCAGGAAGAAAAGAUAAUUUAAGUGAUUUAAAUCAAUCUUUAUGGGGAUCAUUAAUAUUAAAAGGUCCUAAACAUCGUUUUUAUUUUUCUGGUGAUACUGCAUAUUUAAAAAAAGAUUUUGAAGAAUUUAAAAAAAUUGGUAGAUUACAUGGACCAUUUCAUUUAGCUGCAAUAUCUAUAGGAGCAUAUGAACCAAAUAAUUCUUUAAAAUAUCAUCAUAUACAUCCAUGGGAGUCUGUAAAAAUAUGGAGAGAUAUAAGAGCUGAAACAGCUAUAGGUGUUCAUUGGGGUACAUUUAGAUUAUCAGCAGAAGAAUUUUUACAACCACGUGAUGAUUUAGAAGCAGCAUUAUUAGGUAUAGGUUUAUAUACACUUAGAAAUAUUGAUUUACAAUGGGUUAAACGUAGACAUGAAAUAAUGAGAAAAUAUAAUAUAAAUUAUAUACCAUCAUAUGAUAAUGAAAAUGAUGAUUUAGAAGAUUUAAAAGAAUAUUUUUAUCCAGCAAAUGAUCAAGAUUAUAAUGAAUAUACAGAUAGUUUUCAUUCACUUUUUUCAAAUGAUCUUAAUUUAUAUUAUAAAGAUAUUGAUAAAAAUUAUAUUAAACAUAUGUAUCAACAAAAAAAAUUAUAUGCAUCAACAUAUAGUCGUUAUAAAAGAGCACUCAUGUUAAAAACUACAAAUAAAUUACCAAAGGCAUGGAAAAAACUCUUAUUAAAUCUAUCCAUAAGAUUUCAAACAAUACCAAUAGGUGGAUCUAUUGAAAUUAUAUCAAAGGAUGAUAAAAAUAUUUCAAUGACACGAUCAAGUGAAUAUAAUGCAACCACAUAUGAACAUUACACAUUUCCUAAGUGGUAUAACAGUAAAGAAAAUGAGGAAAUUCCUAAUCAAAAUUAUUUCUCUCACGAGGAUCUCAUGAAUUUCGAGAUAGUCAACUGA